CUACUUCCUCUCACGAGAAUCCUGUGAAUUCUUAUCCACUCACGCGAAUUUGGUUCUUGCGCCACAGUUUUCUAGGGUUUCUCUCUUUUUCUGAUUUAACAAUCAUAUAUUCCCUGAUUAUUGGAGGUUGAUUUUAAUUUAUUCGGUGAUAAGACAGAUUUAAACAAAUUCAUAAAGUUUGAUAUCAUCCAGGUGAAUGAUCUAAUGGAGUCUAAAGGUGGUAAGAAGUCUAGUAGUAAAUCCUUACUCUACGAAGCACCCCUUGGCUACAGUAUUGAAGACGUUCGACCAAACGGUGGAAUCAAGAAGUUCAGAUCUGCUGCUUACUCCAACUGCGCUCGCAAACCCUCCUGACAUUCCUUAAGUUUCUCUCCUGCACGUGUCUCCUGGCACAAAAAA